AUGCGGUGCGCGAACAAGGCCGCUGACAGCGCGUCUGCACGUCUCUGUGCGGACGCCGAAGCAGAAACCACAGCAACUGAUGUCUCAUCGGUUGCUGAAGCGUCUCAGUCUGUAUCACCUGAGUAUGAGCUCGGUGUUUCAUGCUCCCCUGAUACGGAAGACGGAUCCGUAUCGACGGCGAUUGAAUCCAAGCCGCCUGCCAAGCGUGGCAUGGAUGAUGCUAUGCGUCGCAGCAUCUUUGGUUCAUCUGAUGAAUCAGAUGAACCAUCGCCGAAGCGAAGGCGCUCGAGGUCGCGAGACUCGGGCGCUAACAGUGGUGUAGGUUCUCCUAUGGACACCACUUCGCAACGAGGUGCCAGUACUUCUGUCGGUACGUCGCAAUAA